AUGCUUCCAAUCAUUGUUGUAUACAGGGCAUAUGGCAUCAAGGACAUCUUGCUCAUGUUGCAGCACCCCAUGCCUCAGAGCAAGCUGUGGUUCAAAGAGGCUGCAACGUUGCACGCAUUCCAAGUCAAAGCUCGAAGACCAGCACCUAGUCCUAGGAAGAUUCCACCCAAAAUAGCCAACAUCCAGAAAAGCAAAUGGUGGACCAAUGUCUCUAAGAAAACCAAGGCGGGGAAACAAGACGCACGGUUGCUCAAAGCCCCUGCAGAGUCUGCAGAAGUAGAGAAGUCGGGGGCCAGCGACUCCAUUCAGCCCAAGGCAAAUGAGAAGGAGAACGCGACGCAGAAGACAUUGUCCUCGGAGGCGGACGACGACUUGCGCAAACAUGCUCUGCGCAAGCUCUGGAGGCUCAUUCUUACCCACAUUUUCUUUCCGCAAUAUCUGCAUCAAUAUCCAUCACACUAA